ACCCCAAAUAAUGGAUUCUUGGUUCAUCAUUUUUCUUAUUACUCUCAUCUUUCUGUUUAAUUUCUUAUUUUUGUUCUUCUCAAAUUCCAAAACUAAGAAAAAACUCCCACCAGGACCUUUUUCAUUUCCAUUUAUUGGAAAUUUACCAUUAUUGAUAAAUAAAUCUUUAUAUGAUAUUGAAAUUAUAUUACAAAAACUCAUACCUAAAUAUGGUCCUAUUAUUACCCUCAAAAUAGGUACUACUAUUUCUAUUUUUAUUAGUAGCCACUCUUUAGCCUACAAGUCUCUAAUCCAACUCGGUGCUCGAUGCUCCGAUCGUCCACUCGAAUCACCAACCAGUCUCCUUUUAAGUAGCAAUCAACGAACCAUCAAUACCGCCUCGUAUGGACCUACGUGGCGGGUGCUACGUAGGAACCUUAGGGCGGAAAUGUUACGUACCACGUCCCAAUCAAAAUUUCGAGUUGAUUGGGCAUUAAAUAUCCUUGUUCAAAAGAUAAAUCAUGAAUCUGACUCUAAAACGGGAGUGAUUUUACUUGAUCAUAUAAAGCACGCCAUCUUUAGUCUUCUUGCAUUCAUGUGCUUCGGUGAAAAGCUUGACGAUGUUCAAAUCAAUCAAAUUAUGGAUGUACAACAUCGUGCACUUUUAGCUACGAUACGAUUCAAAAUACUUGACAUUUUCCCUAGAGUCGGGAAAUUGAUCUUCAGAAACCGUUGGAAGGAGCUCAUUGCACUACGAAAAGAGGUGGAUAGCGUAUUCACACCCCUAAUUGAACGUAGAAUAAAGUACAAAAUCGAAAGAUUCAACUCAGGAGUUCGUCAAGAGGAAGAGGAAACGGUUUCCUACAUCGAUACGUUGCUGAAUUUGGAACUACCAGAGGAGAAGAGGAGAGUAACUAACGAAGAGAUUGUUACGCUCUGUGUUGAGUUCCUCGGGGCAGCUAGCGAUACAACAUCCAGCGCGUUGCAGUGGAUAAUGGCGUACUUGGUUAAGUACCCUGCGAUUCAGGAAAAGGUGUAUGAAGAAAUUGUGAAAGCAGAGGAUUCGAUGAAAUUGUACUAUUUAAAAGCAGUGAUCCUGGAAUGUUUAAGGAUUCAUCCACCAUCGCAUUUUCUGUUACCACAUAGAGUAACAGAGGAAAUGGAAUUGAAUGGGUACGCGUUACCAAAGAACGCAAUAAUCUAUUUCAUGGCGAGAGAGAUGGGAUUAGACCCGAACGUGUGGGAGGAUCCGAUGGAAUUUAGACCAGAGAGGUUCUUGGUGGAUGACGAGACGUUUGAUAUAAGAGGAAGCAGAGAGAUCAAGAUGAUGCCAUUCGGCGUAGGGAGGAGAAUAUGUCCGGGCUAUGACUUUGCUAUGUUUCAUUUAGAAUACUUCGUUGCUAACUUGAUUCGGUGUUUCGAGUGGAAGACUGUGGAGGGAGACGACGUUGAUUUAACGGAGAGGUUAGAUUUUACCUUCACUAUGAAGAAUCCACUGCGAGCUCGCAUCAGCCCCAGGCAGAAUUGAUUGCUUGCUAUAUGUAAUUUUAUUAUCUGUUAAAGCUUCACUGACAUAUUAGAAUAACUAGUUUUGUGGCAUCCGUUAGCUAUUAGAAAACUUCUUAUUUGCUACGGACCUUGAGGAGACGUGCAUAAUCAUAGCAACGAGCGUAAACACUUGCAUUAGUAACAACAAACUUUUGUGUCUAAACAAUGGGGCAUAGUUCUCCAGUUGUGUGCAAUCAAAAAAACCGGUGCCUGCAUCAACUUUCCAUGA